GCUGCCGCCUCCCGCCCUGCCCGCUGCCCGGCUGAGCAAUUUUAACAGUGGAACAAACUGGAAAAGAGGGGACUGUCUGAAGUACAGAUGGUGAAAGAGGAGAGGGACCACAGGUCACCAGAAAAAAUUAGUUCUUCAGCUGAAUAAACUGCCAUUAAUACCGCUCCUACAUUUGUACUCUUCGGAAGUGAGGGGCAACCCAGCAAACCUCUAACACCUACAGAUUGAUACAGCAAAGCAGCGGGCUGUUGCACUGAGAAUCCGGACCAUCCAAGAAUUAACCCCUCCACUGGAAUCAAAUAGGUACACAGUGCUAUCGUAUUAUCCAUAUGAAAACAACCAGUAAGUAUGUCAGUGACAGCUUCUCAAAUGCGAGCAGUUAGAACUUUCCUCCAAAGAGUAUGCUUAUAUUAAGAAUUUAAUUUAAUUAAUAUUUCUUAAUUAUCUGAAGCUGCUCUUGGUCUUUGGUCUUUAGGCAGCUAAAAAAAAUGCUAACUUCCUCCAUUUCCUCCUACAAAACGUUUUACCAGAUGCUCCAUUUUUUUAACACGUUGGGUUUUUUUGUGUGCUGACACAUAAAAAAUGUGUCCCUUUACUCGUAAUUCUGAGACUGUAAUUUUAGAGCCACUUCUAUAAUGACUAUGAACAAUGCAUGAUGAAACCAAGAAGCAGUGCUGCUAUUGGGGAGCAUUACUUGUGCAGGGGUUUUUAGCCAGGGAAUCUGUUGAUCUAACCAUGGAGUCAGCCCUGCCUUGAGCAGGAUGUUGGACUAGCUGAUCUCCAGUUCUUUCUGCCCUAAAUUUUCAGUGGUGCUGCAUACAGGUUGUAAUUCUUUUAAUUCUUUUAAUUCUUUUAAAUUUAAUUUUUAAUUUAAUUUAAUGACAGGCUUUAAUUCCCAGGAACUCGAGGCUGCAUUCUGCUGGGCCCCUUUGGUUAUUGCUGGGGGUCUACUCUCACAAACACCUAAGUGAAAGCCUCAUAGUGCACCCAUAGCCUGGCAUUGAGCAGUUCUUGUCACACGGGGACCCACAAGGACCAGUGUUUUGGAGGUUUUGAGCCCUCCAGUUCCACCUGCAGCCUGGGGAAGCUGUGAGCUCUCAGCACCUUUGGAACUGAAACUUCUACCAACAUAUUAAAGAAAGAUGUGCAACGUAGGAUUUUCGGCUCCACAAUCUGUUGAGGUUUUUAAGUACCUAAGGUACCUCAGCGUGGUUUCCAAAAUUGUGUACAAAUCUUUUGAGGCCCCAUUUUUAUUUAAGGAUUUUUUUUCCCCACAAACGUCCAUAUGUGUAUAUAUAAAUGAUGUUGGCUGUUUACUAAAAUGACUGGAUGCCGUUUAGUUCUUGCAUGUGAAUUUUUUUUGUCCCUGCAAGAUUAGUAAGAAACUAGAUGUGUAAUUCUAACGACUAAUUCAUUAAUUUGUCUCUGUUCUCAGUAAAUUAAUUAUUCUAUAGAAAAGUAGUUGGAUUCUUCUUCAUUCUGAUUUUUAUUAGCAGUAUACAGCAAAAAAAACCAGUGAAGUCCUACUACAAAAUUAUUUCUGAAAGUGACCGGAUUUAGUCCUCCUAUAUGCUCCAUCCCUCUAUUUGCCAAGUUAAGGCAGGUGUUUAGCUGAGGUGGUAUUUUUGGAAUUAGUAAGUUCGUUGGCAUCAGCCUUGAGUUGUCUCCUGUAGCUUGCUCUCCUUCCUUGUUUAACUAAUACACAUAUCCUAUCCACAGAAGCUUGCACAAAUAUUUUGUUUCUAAAUAAUUGGGAGGCAUUUUUAAUGAUGAGCAGUGAGUAGCGCUUAAUUAACGCUAGGGAUCUUUUAAUAAGGCAUGCAGGAAAGUGAUGGAAAUAGGUGAAAGCCUUUUUUUUUGUCAGCUAAUAUUUAGUGGUUGAAAUUGAUUUAGUAAAAUAGAAUAAGAUAUUGUAUCCUAUUUUAUUUAGCUUGUUUUAUUACUUUAUCUAGUAUUUAGUUAAAUCAACAAAGACUUUGCUUUUUUUUUUAGUAGAUUACAUCCUUUACAUUCAGAUGAACUUAUUUUUGUUACGAUUUUGAGAUAGUACUUUUAACGCAGUUAAUUUAUACUCAGUGUAAAUACUGCAAUGAUAUUCUAUGCUUUAUUGGGUGAGAAAAAAAUGUUUUGUUCAGGGUGUAGUCACAGAUAACAAUGAAACAUUUAUCUCUGAUUUGCUUUUCAUGGUGUUUCAAAAUUAACAUAUCAGUUUACCUGUGCUUAAUGUAGCUUCACACAAUUAUCUCUGUAGCUAGCUUAGUUGUCUGAUGCACAUAGACACACACAUAUGUAUUUACUUGUGGUUGAUGAUAAUAGGAAAAUUAGGUGGACAGAAAAAAAGAGGUGGAAGAUUCAGUUAUUAACACAUCAGGUUGGUGUGGCCUGUUUGCCUCAAUCCCUUUACAAUCUAGGUAGGCACAGAAAGCAGUUUAUGGGCUGAUUAUCUGCAUGGUCCGUAAGGCACUCCUCAUACUUAUGUUAAGAAAAGAUAGUUACCGGCUCCUCCCAGAUUACCAUCAGGAAUCCAAUUAACUACAGGAAAUACUGUGGCAACACCAUUCAGCUUCUCUCCUGUAAAAUGUGAAUUCGCUACGACGUAUUUCUUGUGGUUGAUAACUGCAGCAAUGAAGGGAUCAACAAUCACUCAUUCUUUUUGCAGGGUGACAGUUUUCUUGUUAGAAGAGAAUCAUCAUACAUGUGACUUCAAACUUGCCAACAGACUGAAAACAAGGAGUGGAGGUACUGCAAUGGCUGCUGGAGUUCUGCUGCAAAAUGAACUACCGUAUUCAUCGUUGCUAGAGAGCAGUCUCUAUCUUGCAAAUAUGAGUUCAGGAAGUUCAGGGCGUCCAACGGCAAAAUACACCAAAGUAGGGGAGCGCCUUCGCCAUGUCAUUCCUGGUCACAUGCAGUGCUCGAUGGCAUGCGGUGGACGUGCUUGCAAGUAUGAAAACCCAGCUCGAUGGAAUGACCAGGAGCAAGCCAUCAAGGGGCUUUACUCUUCUUGGAUAACAGAUAACAUACUGGCUACGGCUCGACCCUCAACAGAAUUAAUUGAAAAGUACAAUAUUAUUGAACAGUUUGAAAGAUGUGGCAUAAAAACCAUAAUUAACCUCCAGCGCCCUGGGGAGCAUGCAAGCUGUGGGAAUCCACUGGAACAAGAAAGUGGCUUCACCUACCUUCCUGAAGCUUUUAUGGAGGCUGGAAUUUAUUUUUAUAAUUUUGGAUGGAAGGACUAUGGAGUGGCAUCUCUCACUACUAUACUUGAUAUGGUAAAAGUCAUGGCUUUCGCCUUGCAGGAAGGAAGGGUCGCUGUUCAUUGUCACGCAGGACUCGGUCGGACAGUAUUGGCUACAUGUUUACAAACCUGCCGCUCAUUGUUAGAGCAGGUAGAUUUGUUGGAGCAGCUGAAGUGUCAUUUACUUCUUUCAAGACCUUUUUGGCCAUGCCCUUCCUGGAGAAGCCACCAUUGCUCCUGUGUUCAGAAACGACGGAACUCCUGGAGAUGCCAUGGUGUUCUAAUAGCUUGCUACUUGGUUUUUGCAACAAGAAUGAGUGCCGAUCAAGCAAUUCUUUUUGUCAGAGCAAAAAGGCCUAAUUCUAUUCAGACUAGAGGGCAGUUAUUAUGCAUCAGAGAAUUCACUCAGUUUUUGGUUCCUCUGAGAAAUGUAUUUGCGUGCUGUGAGCCCAAGGCACACACAGUGACACUGUCCCAGUACCUGACACGUCAGAGACAUCUGCUCCAUGGUUAUGAGAGCAGGCAUCUCAAACACGUGCCAAAACUUAUUCAUCUGGUUUGCAAAUUGUUGCUAGACUUGGCUGAAAACAGACAAGUGAUAGAGGCAGAGUUGUUAGAUAUCCCAGAUCUCUCAGCUGAAAUUGAAAAGACCGUUUCUCAGUUGGUGUCCACACAGCUAGAUAGAGAACUUGCGAGGCAGGACAGCGAUGCAUCAGACUCCUCCCACACCCCCUCGUCCACUUUCGAGACCCAGGAUUCUCUUUUCUCCCUGGGACAUGAAUGUGAUCCUCUUUGGAAAAGAAGGAAUGUUGAAUGCCUUCAGCCUCUUACUAAUCUGAAAAGGCGUCUAAGCUAUAGUGAGUCAGAUUUGAGGAGAACUGAGUUUCUUUUAGAACAAGGGGAAACCGCAUGGACAGUACCUGCUCAGAUAUUGCUGUGCAACAAGCUUAAGCAGAAUGGUGGUGAGGAAUGUUCUGCCACAGGCGAACAAAAGCCACAGCUGGAUUUAAACAAAGAAGCUUUAGUGCAUAAUACGUGUAUGUUGUGGAGUCAAGGUAAAUUUAAUCUGGAUGGACGAAAAGAUGGAUCCUCACUUUAUCACAGAAGGAACUCUACCAAAGAAGUACAACGCAGCAGAACCUUUUCUUCAGGUCUAGCAUCUAUCCACAGUACCAGGGAGCCUGGAAUGCCAAGGCAUAAUUUUACCAAUGAGACUGCUCAUAGAAAAGACCGCAAGACUAAUAUGUAUGGCAGAAGAGUCUAUGUCUCCGAGGACUCUGACUCUUCGUCUUCUUCUAAAGUGAACUUUUCCAUUGGAUAUGAAAGCCACGGUAGCAAAGAUGUGUCAGAGGCGAUUCCACACAUUGUUCUGCAGUCAGAAUUAAGUUUGGAAGCCCGAAGAGUUUUGGCAGCAAAAGCACUCGCAGAUAUAAAUGAAUUUCUGGGAGAGGAUGAAGUGAAGCAGAAGGUAGAAAUGUGGCAGAAAGAACUGAAUUCUCGAGAUGGAGCUUGGGAUAAAAUCUGUACCGAGAGAGAUCCUUUUAUCCUCUGUAGCUUGAUGUGGUCCUGGAUAGAGCAGCUGAAAGAACCUGUUAUAUCCAAGGCGGAUGUUGACAUGCUGGCGAAAAAUUGCACAGAAUCACAGGAUGUACUUUACUUGCUGCAAAAGGAACAGUGUCAGACUAUCCUUUGUAUUUUGCACUGUGUGGUGAACUUGCAAACACUGCCAGCUGACGUGGAGGAGGCCUUACUUGCUCGCGCUAUUAAAGCUUUCACUAAGACAAGCUUUGAUUCUGAAAAUGGACCGUAUGUUUACAACACCUUGAAAAUAGUAUUUAAACAAACACUGGAAGAAAAAAGAAAAAGACUUAAGGAAGAAACAGAGAAUCCCUCUUGAUUCCUGCACAGCUAUGCUGAAGAAUUAGAUGGACCUACCAAAUUAUUUGCAUUUCGCAGCUGUUGUAUUUUGUGCUGUCUGGCAUGGUUUACCUAACUUCAGGUAAUAGUAGUUAUUAAGAGCGCGUUUUAUUUUUUUAGAGGGAGUUUUAGUGACGAUUGUUCUAUCUACACAGUCCUUAAAGACCAGCUCCCACGUGACUGUACUGUGACGUUUGGUUUCAGGUACUAUGCUUUUCUGUCGUGAACUGUUCUCUUGUUUUCAGAUGUAUUUAUUGAUUUAGAAACCUCUGUCAUUAGCAAGUAACAUUAUUUUCAAGUUACACUAUUGCCAUAAGUUCAGUGCCAUGGUACCCAAAGGUUUAAUGGAUUGAGUUAAUAUUUAUGUAUUACAUAUGUUUACAUGAACAUUACUUGAUUUUACUUCGAAGAAAAUAAAUAUUGACUGAACUUACUAACUCCUUUUCCUUUUAGAAAUUUUAAAGUAAGACGAACAAUUUUAAAGUAAUAAUGAACAGAUCUUGAGGUCUGCUAUUGAGAGCGGAUAACUUCUUUUAGAUCUCUUAAAUAAUUGUCACCAGUGUGUUUCUAAAAGGUGUUGCAGCAGAGAAAUACAUGAAGUGUAUUAAGUUAUCAAGGCCUUAAUUUAGACUUUUUUGACUGAGAAAGCUUUAAAGUGUUUUUAACAGAAAACUGAUUGUGGCAUUUUAAGUACUUUGAAUAGGAGCAAAAUUUCACCAUAUUGGCU